AUGGCUUCCCAGCAGAUCGCCUCCCACCGCGAGAACGCCGAGGUCCACACCGGCGACGCCGUGUGCAAGCAGAAGUCGCUGGAGCUCCUGGAGCGGAUGCACCUCCCGCGCGGCCUUCUCCCGCUCGACGACAUCCUCGAGGUCGGCUACAACGAGUCCACCGGGUUCGUUUGGCUCAAGCAGAGGAAGAGCAAGACGCACGUGUUCCGAUCCAUCAGCCGGAGCGUGUGGUACGACACGGAGGUGACGGCGUUCGUCCGGGACCGCCGGAUGAAGCAGGUGACCGGAGUGAAGAGCAAGGAGCUCUUGAUCUGGGUCACUAUUUCCGAUAUUUCGAUUAGGGACCCGGAUUCUGGGAAAAUUACGUUCGCGAUUCCGACGGGGCUCUCCAGAUCUUUACCCGUCUCGGCGUUUGAGGAUGGGGAGGAAAAGAAAUAA